CUCUUCUGCGCUGGUCUCCAUCUCCCAGCAGAAGGCGCAGCCAUGAAUCCGUUAUUUGGUCCCAACCUCUUCCUCCUCCAGCAGGAGCAGCAGGGCUUGGCCGGGCCGCUGGGGGACCCUCUGGGAGGUGACCAUUUUGCCGGGGGAGGGGACCUGCCCCCGGCUCCACUUGCCUCAGCCGGCCCCUCCGCCUAUUCGCCUCCCGGGCCUGGUCCGGCGCCCCCUGCAGCCAUGGCUCUCCGCAAUGACCUGGGCUCCAACAUCAACGUGCUCAAGACCCUGAACCUCCGGUUUCGCUGCUUCCUAGCCAAGGUGCACGAGCUAGAGCGCCGGAAUCGGCUGCUGGAGAAACAGCUGCAGCAGGCUCUGGAGGAGGGUAAGCAGGGCAGGCGGGGCCUGGCCCGCCGUGACCAGGCGGUACAGACCGGCUUCAUCAGCCCGAUCCGGCCCCUGGGGCUGCCCCUGAGCGCCCGGCCGUCCGCCGUGUGCCCCCCUUCAGCGCGGGUGCUGGGCUCUCCCGCCCGCUCGCCAGCCGGACCCCUCGCAUCCUCUGCGACCUGCCACUCCUCAUCCUCCGCCUCCGCCUCCACGUCCACCUCCACUGCCUUCUCCUCGUCGACCCGCUUCAUGCCCGGCACUAUCUGGUCCUUCUCACACGCCCGCCGCCUUGGACCGGGACUGGAACCCACGCUGGUGCAAGGGCCUGGCCUGUCGUGGGUACACCCUGACGGGGUGGGCGUCCAGAUCGACACCAUCACCCCUGAGAUCCGUGCCCUGUACAACGUGCUGGCCAAAGUGAAACGGGAGCGGGACGAAUACAAGCGAAGGUGGGAAGAAGAGUACACAGUGCGGACACAGCUACAAGAGCGAGUGAACGAGCUCCAGGAGGAGGCGCAAGAGGCUAAUGCUUGCCAAGAGGAACUCGCCAUGGAGGUCGAGCAGCUGAAAGCUGAGCUGGUGGUCUUCAAGGGCCUCAUGAGCAAUAAUCUGACGGAGCUGGACACCAAGAUCCAGGAAAAGGCCAUGAAGGUCGACAUGGACAUCUGCCGUCGCAUUGACAUCACCGCCAAGCUGUGUGACUUGGCUCAGCAGCGCAACUGUGAGGACAUGAUCCAGAUGCUCCAGGUCCCGUCCAUGGGGGGGCGGAAGCGGGAGCGCAAGGCUGCUGUGGAGGAGGACACCUCCCUGUCGGAGAGUGAUGGGCCCCGCCAGCCUGAGGGUGACGAGGAGGAGACCACAGCCCUCAGCAUCAACGAGGAGAUGCAGCGCAUGCUCAGCCAGCUGAGGGAGUAUGAUUUUGAGGACGACUGUGACAGCCUGACUUGGGAGGAGACUGAGGAGACCUUGCUACUUUGGGAGGAUUUCUCAGGCUAUGCCAUGGCAGCCGCAGAGGCCCAGGGAGAGCAGCAGGAGGACAGUCUGGAGAAAGUCAUUAAAGAUACGGAGUCCCUGUUCAAAACGCGGGAGAAGGAGUACCAGGAGACCAUUGACCAGAUAGAGCUGGAGCUGGCCACAGCCAAGAAUGACAUGAACCGACACCUGCAUGAGUAUAUGGAAAUGUGCAGCAUGAAGCGGGGCCUGGACGUGCAGAUGGAGACCUGCCGCCGCCUCAUCACACAGUCAGGAGACCGAAAGUCUCCUGCUUUCACUGCGGUCCCGCUUAGCGACCCGCCGCCACGCGAAACUGAGGACUCCGAUCGAGAUGUCUCAUCUGAUAGCUCCAUGAGAUAGGGACCAGUGCCUG